AUUAAGUGUAAUAAGGAAGGUUCUGUUUAGGUUUUAAGAAUUUUUUGGAUCUAGGAUCACCGCGGUGCUUUUGCCGUGAGCAAUUUGCUACCCUGCUAGCAGAGCAUUCUUCUCUUCGAACGAGACCGCUAAAGAACAGAGACGCGACAAGGUAAACUGAUAGAAACAAACAGGAACAGAGCUCUCCUAGCAGGGUAGCAAUUUGCUAACAGACAAGCGUAAAGGUCAUUAGGUCUCAGGCUCUUUCUGUCGAACACUUAACAAGGAAAUAAACAAAUCUGUCAAAUCAUCUUUUCUACUGCAAGACUACACGAUCUACUACAAGAUUAUCUGAUCUUGGCUGAAAGGGUUUAACCAGCACAGCAUGCAUAUUCUAGACAGCGUCAACGUCCCCACUGUCUACUUUCUGGCGGGUACCCUGAUUUUACUCAUCGCACUGGCCGUGAUAUACUGGGUAGGAGUAAGCAGCUUUAGAGUACUUAAAGGUCUAAACAUCCCCGGCCCACCCCCCCUGCCGUACAUUGGUAAUCUCCGAGACAUCCAAAGGCUUGGUGGAAUCCAUGUCGCCCCAGUUCGACUUAUGCAGGAAUACGGGAAGGUGUUCGCUUGGUCUGUUGGUAGAACCCCUGCAAUCGUCGUGGGCGACCCCGAGAUUCUCAAACACGUGAUGGUGAAAGAGUUCCAGAACUUCCGUAACAGGUUCGUAGUGUUCAAAGACAUACGCAGCGAAAUGCGGCAUGGGAUGUUCUCUGCCACUGACGACAAUUGGAAGCGUAUCCGCUCAACACUGACGCCAACAUUCACAUCCGGGAAAUUGCGACAGAUGACCCCAAAGAUGAGAGAGUCAUGUGACACACUGAUGGAUAAGAUUGGCAAAGUGGCAGACACAGGUGAAAGUGUGGAUAUCUUGGGCAUGUUUUCUCCAAUGUCCCUUGAGAUCAUUCUUUCGACAGCUUUUGGCAUCGACUCUCAAGUCCAGAAGAACCCUAACAACACAUUCAGUGACAAGGCGAAGGAGAUUUUCAAAUCUCCUACUUUCCUGCGCAUGUUUUUGAUGCUCCCGUUUGCUUCUGUCUUAUUCAAAAUCUUCCGAUUUCUCAUCCAAAAUAACAAUAUAAAGUAUUUCAUAGACCUCUCUAAAGAGAUCCUCAGCAAAAGGCACGAUAAAACAUUCAACCGGAAAGACUUUGUGGAUCUAAUGCUGUCGGCAGUAAACCCCGACGGUAGCCGAAAGCUUUCCGAUCCUGAGAUCAUCGCGCAGUCGGUGACUUUCCUUCUGGCUGGACACGAAACGAGCAGCAACACGCUUUCCGCCACAGCGUACUACUUGGCCCUUAACCCAGAGGUACAGGAGCGCUUGAGGCUUGAGAUCAGGAUGGCUGCGGAAACCAACUCGGAGAAAUCUCCCCAGGAGCUAGCCAAUGAUUUGGAGUAUCUGGACUGUGUGGUGAAUGAAGUAUUACGCAUCCACCCCCCAGCUCACACGAUAAACAGAGAGUGCGCCCAGGCUUGUGUCAUCAAUGGCAUCACUAUCCCGGCUGGCAUGGACGUCACAAUUCCUAUCUAUUCACUGCACCACGACCCGGACGCAUGGCCAGAACCGGACAAGUUCGACCCGGAGCGAUUUCGUGGUCCUGCAAAGGAAUCCAGGCAUCCAUUCCAGUUCAUUCCUUUCGGCGCCGGACCGCGUAACUGCAUCGGGAUGAGAUUCGCUCUGAAUGAAGUCAAGUUGGUUUUGUUCCAGAUCCUCUCCAAGUACAAGUUUGUCCGGUCUCCCGACACUCAGGUUCCACUUGUUCUCAUUCCUGGGGCGGCCCUCAUACCGCGUGACGGAAUCUAUCUGAGGAUCGAGACUGCAUGACUUCCUGUGUGACUUCCUUGCUUCACCACAGACCUCUCGGAUGAUCCAUGUAUUGAUGGAAUCUAUUUGAGGAUCGAUACUGCGUGGCUUCCUUGCUUUACCACAGACUAUUAUUUUUAUUGUUAUUGUUUUAGUGUUAUUUUUUUUUUCAUCAACCGGUAACAUAUUAGAACGCUCAGUGAUAUACUCCUAUUUGAAUAAGGUCGCUCUCGGAUGAUCCAUGUAUUUUUACCCACAGUACAGUGCUUCAUGGGUAUGAAAUAGAUAAGCCAGACAGCGUAAAACAAAUCGAGGUUUCAAAAGACGCAGUAUUCUUGUUUAUGAAUUCCUGUGAACAUAUGGCUUUCCGAUACCAGGGUUCAGCCAUUAAUACGCUACCCACGAAGCAUUGCGGGUUACAAUACAUUGAUUUUCGAGUGCAAACGUAUUAGAAAUAGGUGUAUACGCCUGUAUACGGUACCCAUGAAACACGGUAGGUUACGACGCACGGAUUCCUAGAGCUCAAUCUUAUUUUAAAUAAGUUUAUACACAACUGUAAAAUAUUUCUACUAUUGGUAAUCGUUAUGAGAGGCUGUACCCCAACCUCUAUGUUUUUUAGUAUUGGAGUUCGGGUGUCAUAGAUAAACAAGAAAAGUAUUUUGUAUUAGUAGAACCAUGUUCCUUGAUGCCAGUUCUAGGAUUGGUCAAAGCUAUAAAAAGAAGGUAAAUCGACAUUUUGAAUCAAUAUCUCUUUAGUCAGUAAAUACAAAAAGCCCAAAUAGUCGUGUUCGUGAACCAGAAGAAUUAAUACAAUACACAAAAACUGGUGACUUGGGCAGAAGAAAUCUUAUUAAAGAAGAAAAUAUGGCAGAGUCGAAUUCCAGUUUUUGGUGUAUCAUUAGUCAGUAAGAUAUUGAUUAACUCUUACUGUUUGUCUUCUAAUAACAAAGCACUAAGAAAGCAGUCAUUAUUUAGCGGGAGGUAGGGGGGUGCAAUGGUUAGAACUCGGAUUUGUAAGGGACUUCACAGAUACCCCAGGCUCGUAGUGUGUGAUCACGUUGCGUUGUGGCUAUUCGUUUGUAAUAAAAAAUAUGGAGUUCUAAUGAGCCGUUCAUUCUACUAUGAAAUAAAUUUUAAAAAUCUCAAGAA